AUGUUUAAUUUUACCUAUUUCGCUACGUACGAAAUUCCUCGAAGACUGUGUUUUAGCGAUCGAAUGGCACAAUACUUGUGCAACAGAGACCAUUACGAUUGCGUGGUUUCUAUAUUUCACGCCAAAGUAGCCCAAAAGUCAUAUGGCAAUGAGAAAAGGUUUUUUUGUCCUCCUCCGUGCAUCUACUUACUUGGUGAGGGAUGGAAGGAAAAGCGAAACCGAGAACAACAAGCAAGCGAGCUGUGCGCAUUUAUAGGCAUUGGGGCUCCGUCUGACCAAGAGCGACAGCAGUUGGAUUUUUCUAACGGAAAAGACUACUGCGCAGCUAAAACACUCUACAUCAGUGAUUCUGAUAAACGAAAGUACUUUGAAUUGUCAAUCCAGUUCUUCUAUGGUUGUGGUGUUGAAAUCGGACUGUUUCUUUCACAACGUAUCAAAGUGGCGUUGUUCAAUCGACUUCGCUCACAAACCGUCAGUACUCGUUACCUCCAUGUGGAUAACGGCGCAUUCCAUGCCAGCUCUACGAAAUGGGGAGCGUUCACCAUCCAUUUAUUCGAUGACGAACCGACAGCCCCUGAGUCUGAAAACUUCACCGUCAAAGAAGGUUUCGUUUACUACGGUUCAGUUGUCAAACUGAUUGAUAGUGUUACGGGUAUAGCAUUGCCACGCUUGAAAAUUAGAAAAGUGGACAAGCAACAUGUUAUCUUGGACGCCACCACUAACGAAGAACCUGUAUCCCAACUGCACAAGUGUGCGUUCCAAAUGAUUGAAAACGAAACUGUCUACUUAUGUCUCAGUCAUGACAAAAUCAUUCAGCAUCAGGCCACUAUAAUAGAUGCCACUCAUCACCAGAUAAGUGAUGGUGCUGCCUGGACGAUCAUCUCUACUGAUAAGGCGGAGUAUCGGUUCUAUGAAGCAAUGGGACCUGUGUCUCAACCGAUAACGCCAGUUCCUGUAGUCAAUGGUUUGGACAUCACUGGUAGCGAUUCAAUGGCCCGUGUAGAGUUGACUGGUUAUAACAUGAAACCAAAUCUCAAAAUUUGGUUUGGAACAACACCGGUGGAAACCAUAUACAGGUCAGACGAAUCACUAACCUGCCAAGUGCCUUCGCACGCAAUUGUUAAGAAUGAAGCGUCGGGAUGGGAGUUUGGUGGCGACGAUGCAGAAGUGCCUAUUACUCUUGUCCGAGAUGAUGGCGUGAUAUAUUCGACCUCAAUGAUGUUUUCCUACAAGUCGCUCAAAGUGCAACAAAGGCAACCACGUUACGGCGAAGCUUUUAGCUAA